GGUGAACAGACGAGCGGAGUCUCUUCCCGUGGGUGCGUAGGUCCCUGUUAGCAGAGGCUUUGAGUCCUAACGCCACUGUUGACGGCUGCGAGGGAUUGAGACCAGAGUAUUCCUUUAGAAAUGAGUUGCACAAUUGAGAAGGCACUUGCUGAUGCUAAAGCUCUUGUUGAAAGAUUGAGAGAUCAUGAUGAUGCAGCAGAAUCUCUGAUUGAGCAAACCACAGCUCUUAACAAGCGGGUAGAAGCAAUGAAGCAGUUCUUGUUGUUCUUGAUAGAAUUGCGUACAUCUCUGGAAGAACAUCAGUCUGCCUUGGAACUUAUAAUGAGCAAGUAUCGAGAGCAAAUGUUUAGACUGCUAAUGGCUAGCAAAAAAGAUGAUCCAGGUAUAAUAACGAAGUUAAAAGAGCAGCACUCCAAGAUUGACAUGGUACAUCGUAACAGCUCCGAAGGAUUCUUCCUUGAUGCAUCUCGACACAUCUUUGAAGCAUCUCAACAUGGACUGGAGAGGAGGCACUUGGAAGCAAAUCAGAAUGAAUUACAAGCACAUGUUGAUCAGAUAACAGAAAUGGCAGCAGUAAUGAGGAAAGCCAUUGAAAUUGAUGAGCAACAGGGCUGCAAGGAACAGGAACGAAUAUUUCAACUUGAACAAGAAAACAAAGGCUUGAGAGAGAUCCUGCAAAUAACUCGAGAAUCAUUUCUGAACCUUAGGAAAGAUGAUGUGUCUGAAAGUUCAUCUUUGUCAGCAUUAGUGACCAAUAGUGACCUGAGUCUGAGGAAGAGCUGAAGAGCCUGUAAGUCUGUGAGCUUCCUGCAAGGCUCCAAAUGGUCACUGGGACUGGCCUGACAUGAAUGAACAGAAAAAUCCAUCUCAACCCUUUAUUUUUUUUCUAUAGUAUGUACAGUGCACUGGCAAUGACAUUCUUACGCUGGCAAAAAUGCAGAAUUAAUGGUUGUAGAUUUUAUUCCAAAAUAUAAUAAAAAAAUAGAAACUUUGUUAAUUGGGGAACAGACUAAAGAUUUUUUGAGUGACUGCUGAACCUAAUAGCAGUACUGUUGCUAUUCUGGCUGAUACCUGGAUAAACAUGAAUAUUCCCAAUAAAUGUUUGGGAAUUCAUAACAUUAUCCAAAUUUUAAAAUAUACAUCUUGGCACAGUUUUGUGAAUGGAAGACUGUCAUAUUAAAUGUUAUUUCUCCUCCCUGUUUGGUGUCAGAGUUAACAAAUAGCUUAUGUACUGUGAGAUUUCAGCUUUAAUGGUUGCCUGUCUACCUUCCCAUUACUGUAAAUUUUGGUCAAAGAAAAUUCAGUUUGCAAGACUGUAGGAAUGUUUCAAAUGCACCAUAAACAAAAGUUAAUUUAAUUUUAGCUGAUUUGCCAUAAUUAAAAUACUCCACUAACAAUUAUCCAUAAGUUUAAGUAUAUGAAAUAUCAUUUCAGGAAUGAAAGAGAAAGAGUAUUACUUUCUAAGAAAGAUCUUAUAAGAGACAUAUUAGUAGGUUAAACUACUCCUUUGAGAUUUAAGUUUUGGUUCUAAAUAAUGAAGAUGAGAUUUUUCUCUUCUCUGGUUGAUCUUUAAGGAUAUUAGGUAGUUCUUUUAGCUAACAGAGUUGCAAUGUUUGAUAUAGCAAGCUAGGUAUGGUAAUGUCAAAGUAAAUUGGGGAUUCCUCUGCCUCAUUGAACCCUUUUUUAAAAGUAUUCUUAAGAAAUACAGAAAGUAAAUUAAAAUUUCAAAAUAAAAUUUGUUUUCUGGUCCU